AUGACUUUUCUGGAGACGAGCGCUGUCACAGCGGAAUUUCGUCGCCGGCAAAGAGAGCGACGAGAACGAGGCGGCCUUCGCAACAGGCGUCAUCAGAGACGAGGAGACGAUGACGAGGCAAAGGAUGCCGGAGAUACCAAAGCCUCUUCCGAUGAUGAUGAUAGUCCCUCCCAAGACGAGAGCAGCAAAUCUUCUAGUCAGACAAGGACAUCCACAUCGUCGCUGACCUCACUUUCCAAGUCUUCUCAGUCAUUGGCUUCAGCAAGCACGACCACAAGCACAUUGUCUCAAGUAACGACGACGCCAGUAUCGAAGACAUCUGUUGCACUCACAAGUUUACGUACAUCCACUUCCUUGCAGACCACUCCCCUUCCCGUAGUCACUACACCAUCAGCGACCGCUCUCCCAGCUUCUACAAGAUCACGUCAAAGUUCCUCAACGCUUUCCUCAGAGAUAGCCACAAGCCAGACUACAGGACCGGGUAUCUCGUCGAAGCAAUCUCCCAAUGAAGCUGGCUCGAACAAGGAGACUGUAACUAUACUUGCAGUAACAGGAGCAAUUGUUGGCAUCCUAGCCCUCCUCGCACUUAUCUUCUAUAUCCGCCGCAAAUUCAAGAGACCAAAGAUUCGAGAGGAGGAACGAGAAGCACGGGCUUAUGCCGCACGAUCCAUUUGGGGCAAUAGUUCCACGACUUCAAAUGCUCUUUCCCACACCACAAUGGAACAAUUUGUUCCACCGAUAACUAUGGGACGAAGCCAAAACGCGAACUCAAAUGGGGCAGGGAAUGACGCUGUUGAUCGCCGAGAGUGCGGACCGAUAUUCUUGGUGACAGAGAGUUGCAUUUGGGCAGUGGCUUGGGGUCAGGGUUGAUUGGCGGAAGGGGUCAGAGACCAGGGAAAUUCCAGAAGCUGGACGAGAAAGGUGAGGGUAUUGUAGCUGCGAGGAAUGCCACGAGUAUUGAGGCGAGUGGGA